GCUGGCAGUGCGGUCAACGGCAUCGGCCCCGCCGCCCCCCCGCAGCCCACUGGGGACCGUGGGCCCCACCAGGGCGAGAGGGGCUCCUGCGUCAGUACCGCCAACAGCGCCCCCCCGACUGCACCCUUCCGGGAAGGCGGGGGCCCCGGCAGACGGGACAGUGUGCUGCUGCCAGCCCUGCGAGAGACCCACGUCGUCCAAAGUGGGGACCCCAGAGCUGCUCUCAGGGCAGAAGGUCCUGCCUUGGAAGUACAAGUCCACGACUUCCAGAUGCCGGUCCCGGAUUACCCUCCCCUUCGGGGCUCGGCUGGAGACACAGUUGACGGGGAAGAAAAGGACGGUCUUCCCGAGAGCCACCCUGAGGAGGGACCCCCGGCGGGCCUUCACCCCAGGGCCGGGGGGCAUGGCUUGAAUAUGCCCUUCUCCUUGAAGAGAAGCUGGGAUUCCUUAAAUGAGGCCGUGGCAACAGAAGCCCUAAGUGUCGGCUUCAAAGAAGAGGACGCUGCUCAGGCCGUGCCCGGGGUCGAUUCGAGAACUGGGUGGGAGGAUGCGCCCGGCUCCACCGCAGACGGGAGUGGGGAUGCGGUGGACGAGGACGCGGCGGUGGCCGAAGCCCUUGCGGCUUUGGAAGCGGCCACCGCAGGAGAAGAUGCGGAAGAAGCAGAUUAGGGCUCCCGAGCUGGUGUCGCGCCGCGCUUGCCCGGUGCGCGUGCUCCUUGCGCGCAGCUGACGUCCUGCAGCCUUAACGGGUAGCCUCGCCGACUGUGCAACAGCGUCCGUUCUGGCGAUUGGCAGUGCCUGCGCCAGGCCGCUUGUUGCGAAGUAUCGGAAGCCCCGCUGUGUAGACGGGGUGUCACUCAGGAGGCCGGAAUAAAAAUCAGAGGGGACGAUGCGCCGGUGCCCACAGCACAGGCAGAAAUUAAACAGCCUGCUCAUCAACCCACAAACCCCCCUCUGAGAACGCUCGGAAAUCCCAGUGCUGAAUCCCAAGAGUGCAUAAUCACAGAACGUUCUGUUGGUAAAUUCACGGUCUCGCUUCUGAGAGCCAGACGUUGUACCCAACCCGGAAAAGGUAACUACUCCCGCUGAAAGUGCCUCGUGUGUCCCCAGAGCUUGGCUUACCUUCAGGGACGGUCUCCCAGGGAACUAAUAACUAACCACUUGUUUGAUAUCCAGUUAAGCUCAGCAGCUUUCAGGAUGGGGCAGAAGCCACUAGUGAACAAAUGGUUAGUUGUUAGCUGUGAUAUGAAGACACCUUGACCUUAACUUUUUUUACAUUAUUACUUUUUAAUCUCCUCUGGGAUUGGGGAAGCCGGUCAAAAUAAUUCUUAAACCUGCUUGUGACCAUUUGACUUGUAAAUUCAUGAGAUUGGGAACAGCGAAGAGAUCAGAUGGAGUGUUCUAUGCCACUUUAAUGUCUGAUUCCGAUUAAAACAUAACAACAUGUGAGUGUGUCUGUCGUAACUCAAAGGCGGUUCUAAUGUGCCAGCCUUGAGUGUCAGUAAGCCUUGACGUUUGCUUCCAUGUAAAGAGCUGCACUACUAAGUUAACAGGUGAGGAGGAGAGCAAGUCAGUUUGCUGAGAACGGCUUUGGCUGGCUGUCCCUGCCUAGAAACACCUGACAGCGUGACCGCACGCGCCGAUCUCCCCCUAAGGAGGAACAACAGCCCCCUCUGCAUUUCCGCCUUGUAAUUUAUAGGAAGGAGAACUGCCGUUCUGACAUGGCCCAGUGGAGAAUUUAAAGCACGGUCAAGUCCAUCUAGAGAAACGGGAACCCAGAAGAGCUUUAGGAUGGCAUUUCAUAACACAGGCUCUGAAAUCCGACUGACCUUGGUCUGGUUUCCAGCUGUGCCAUGCGACCUUAGACAAGUAAUUGAUCCCUUCUCCUUUCCCAUCUGUUAAGUCAGAGUAAUAAUGGUGUGUGUUUGUAGAGAUUAAACGAGAUGAUGCAGGUGUUUAUCACAGUGCCUGGCACAGAAGACGCACUCAAUAAAAUGAUAAGUCUUAUUAGCUAAAAACAAAUCCUUUAAAAAUGGCUUUAUGUCCUCACAACUGAAAUGUCUGUAACGUCAUCACCGCGUAUUGGUAAUUAUUUAAUAGAAAACAUGAUUUCCCAGCAUCUUUAAGGACGGCACCCUGACAAAUGCUUAACAGGCAUACAUUACCCUGGGUUUGUUUGGGGACAUACCAUCUGUACCUACAAGGUCACACAGAGCCCCUAAAAUAGAAACUGUUGUCCUUGUUACAUGCGUUGUAUGUGUGUUUGUUAUUUUACUUCGUACACCCAAUGCUUCAUGUUUGAGAAUGAGUCCUUCAGUUCCCCAAGUGUAUCUAUUGGGAUUAGAUUCGGCUGCAUGUGAUAAAUGGCUUAUACAAUAGAGACGUAUUUACCUCUUGUGUAAAAGGAGGCCGGAAGUAGCAGUCCAGGGUGCUAGAGUGUCCCAUUCUGUCAGCAACCAGUGCUCCUAUCAUCUUGGCUUCCUUCUCAAGAUCACUGUGUAGUCCAAUCAUUACAUUUGCUUUCCACGCAGAAAAAAGAAUAAAGGAAGGGGCGCUGGGGUGGCUCAGUUAAGUGUCCAUCUCUCGAUCUCAGCUCAGGUCUUGGUCUCAGGGUCGUGAGUUCAAGCCCCGCGUUGGGCUCCACGCUGAGACAUUGAGUGUUGAGGUGGUCAGCUUACAGCCUCAGAAUAGAGCUCAGAAUAGAGCCAGUUUGCUAAAGGUCGAAAGGCCAUAUUUUACAUUUAGUAUAACCCCAAAGGGGAUUCAACCUUCGGUCCGGUGGAAGGAGGACUGGACAGCUACGGGCAUCUCGACUUCCCCUGCUGUCUCUAAAACAGAAGAAGGAAAGAAGGAAAUUCAGACAGAAAGAGGGUAAGGUGAGGAGUUAGUGCAGACGGGUCUCUGUACCUUGCACAGAAACCCACUCCUGCACUUGGAACGUGUGCACGAUUUUACAUCCUGAGACGGCUGCAUAUUCACCAUGAUCAGCAGUUCUCCUAAGUUUUAAAGAUUGUUUUUUGUGUGAAUAACUGCUUCAAAAAGGUUAGCAGAUGGCCAAGGUUUUCAAGGUUUUUUGUUUUUUGUUUUUUGGGUUUUUUUACGUUUGUUUGUUUUUAAAGCUAUCAUGGCUCCUUUUGUCUAACCCCACAUCCAGGCUCUACCAAAGGAUGUCAGAGGAAGUCAGAAUCUAAAGAAUGAAAAGAAAUUCCAGACUGUAGCUUUAGCCACCAGGUUGUCUAGCAACUGACUAAGCGUCCCACCCCGUGCAGCGUGUCUUCUUUCUGCAGUCGGGUGCACCCCCCUAUCAGAAACGUGAUGCUUGCCAAUAGUGAACUUUUCAAAUAUUCUGAACGCCCCCAAAGCGCCAAUGCGCCCUGAACGUGAGGCACUGGCUGUGGUCAGGAGUGGACAUCCUGGUCUUCCAUGAACUUAGCAAACUGCAUCAUGUGGGUAUUUACCACGUUAAAUCUCGACUGUGAUUGUGAUACAAGAUUAUUACUAUAUUACAUGUAUGUGUAUAUAUGUGUAUAUGCACACACACGUUCUUUACUGGCAGAAGUUGAACUGUCAUAUAAAUAUGAAAGUAGAUAUUUUUCCUCUGGUUUCCAAGGCCAUUAGUAGCCAGUUGUUAUAACUGUCAAACCCGAUCUUCAAAGGAACAAAGAGAAUUUGAGGUUGCUUAACACACGCCCAUUUGUCCACGCUCAGCAACUGCUGGCCAGACGCCAUUUCUCCCUUUCUGCUUCACUCUGCCUCUGACCCAAAGGAUAAGACUCACUCUUCCUAAGUUUUCCAUCAGCAUCUGCAAGCAGGAGGCCCUCGGAAGCGUAAAGGAGGCACAAAAUCCAAGUAUGUGAGCAAAGAUCUGACUCCCUUAGUUU